AUGUGGCGUUCCUGGGUGUUCCCUGCCAAUGACGAGCUUGCACCCGUUUUGUUCCUCGAUGGAGGGCUAGGAACAUCUCUCGAGGACAAGUUCGGCGUCAAGUUUGAUGAAAAUACUCCGUUAUGGUCGUCUCAUCUUCUUAUUAGUGAUCCCGAGACCCUCCGUUCGUGCCAGAGAGAUUUUGGCAGUAUCCCCGUCGAUAUAUUGCUAACAGCAACAUAUCAAGUAUCUGCAGAGGCCUUCGCACGAACCAAAACUCCCGAUCAUCCGCUGGGUAUUUCCCGCGAUGAUAUUGUACCUUUCCUUGAUGUUGCUGUUUACAUUGCCGAGGAAGUCAAGGUGCCCAAUGCUCAUAUUGCUCUAAGUCUCGGGCCUUAUGGAGCGACCAUGGUUCCAAGUCAAGAAUAUGGUGGUAAAUACGAUGCGGAACAUGACUCACUAGAAAAGCUUCUCAAUUGGCAUAGGGACCGCUUUCGAUUAUUCGACCGGAUCGAUCGCCUUGGAUCUCGUAUUGGAUUCAUCGCAUUCGAAACUGUCCCCAGACUAGAUGAAAUCAAAGCCAUCAGAAAGCUCUUCACGCGUGCAUCACCAAAUGAUUUUAAUACGUCUUCACUUCUCUACGGGGAUAUCCCAUUUUGGAUAUCUUGCGUCUUUCCUGGUGAUGGAUACACUCUCCCCGAUGGUAGUUUUGUCGAUCAAGUGGUCGAUGCGCUCCUGAGCUCAGACUAUUCGGAUAUUACCCCAUGGGGAAUUGGCAUCAAUUGCACAAAGGUGGCCAAGAUCGCCGAACUGGUUCAUCUGUAUGAAAGUGCUGUUUCUCGAUUGGCAAGUACUGGCAAACUCGAAACCCAACCUAGCCUGGUUCUUUAUCCUGACGGAACCAACGGCGAAGUUUACGACACCACAACAAAAACUUGGCGCGCACCAACUAGCCAACCACUUCCCAUGUCCUCGUGGGAGCGCCAAGUUGCUGACGUGGUCGUCCACGCUCGAAAUCAGCAGUGCUGGAGGUCUAUCGUGGUCGGCGGUUGUUGCAAGGCCAACCACGACAACAUUAGAAGGCUUCGUGCCAUUAUUCGCGGUACCUAAUUAGUAUCAUCAAAGCUACCCCCAAUCAAAAUCCUCGUCCGACAUUCGGCUAUGUUCCGUUAUGAGCAUUGUUAAUAAAUACUAUAAACAUCGGGAUUGCUAUAAUUUCCCCUCGUUUCCUAUCCAAGGAAAGAGAGCAGAGCCGGUACAGAGCCGCAAUCCAAUCAACUGGUAACAUCUAUUUUCCUCGAGAUAUAGUAAACCAUGUGUCACCUUGUACGAACGAGAAAGUUGCCAUGCAUACCACAUGGAACACUACCAAGACCGCACAUGCCCUUGUUCUUUGUCGGCUUUGUUUUUUUUUUAGACAAAGCGAACAGAUGGCCGACGGCUACUAACCAUAAUAAGAACUGAAAUCGUGAUCGAUAUAUUCCAUAUCCCGAUAUACCGUUACUGAUCGACAAUUCACUUAUUUUAUUCAGUACGUGCCU